GCCGCGGGCCGGACAUUGCUCGGCCGCGCCCCGAGCCGGGCCCGAGCGGCCGCCUGGCCUGGCCUGGCCGGGGCUGGGGGGCGCGCAUGGGAGCUCUGCGCCUGCGCCCCGGGGCGGGGCGUGUCGGGCGGCGCGGGUGUGGCCGCCGCGGGUCGGGGGUCCGGAGGCGCCGCGCUGCAGUGCUACUGUUGAUUGAAGCUUUAGCCUUUUGCUGAGAGGCCCUGAGGCAGCUCUCUACGGUAGAAUGCCAUGUUUGCAGUUUCCCUUGGAAAACAGACCAUGACUCAGUUGUUUGAUGUCUACCACUUAUCUCCAUUAGGAUCAUCACUAGAGUUCAAAGAACAUUCCGAUCUUUAAAACUGCAAGACAAGACCAGUCCUUGACAUAGAUUUUUGCUUUGAUAAUUACAGCUCAAGCAGAAAGACUUGACAUAUUCUUAGUUGACCUAAUCAUGCUCUUGAGCAGCCAAGACAUGGGAGAGGAUCCCUUAUGACUGGAUAUCACUGCAAUUCAGAUAUGCCUAGUGGGAGAGUUGGUGACAUGGAGGAGGAGAGGAAGUAACAGAAUUGAUGUGUUCAUGUGAGAAAGUACUUGAGAUGCACAAGAAGUUGUAACAAAUGGCAGCACAGUGUGUGACAAAGGUGGAGCUGACUAUUGCCUGCACCAAUCUUUUGGAUAAAGAUGUUGGUUCCAAGUCAGACCCUCUGUGUGUGCUUCUCCAGAACACAAGUGGUCAGCAGUGGUAUGAGGUUGAUCGCACAGAAAGAGUUAAGAAUUCCUUGAACCCAAGGUUUGCCAAGAAAUUCUUAAUUGAUUAUUAUUUUGAGCUUGUUCAGAAACUUAAGUUUGGAAUAUAUGACAUUGAUAACAAAACCUAUGAUCUGAGUGAUGAUGACUUCUUAGGAGAAUUAGAAUGUACGCUGGGACAGAUAGUUUCUAGCAGGACUCUAACAAAACCAUUAGUACUUAAAAAUGGCAAACCUGCUGGAAGAGGAAGCAUUACGAUUACAGCAGAAGAAGUAAAGGAUAACAGGGUGGUUGUAUUGGAAUUAGAAGCAAGGAAACUGGACAAUAAGGAUUUUUUUGGAAAGUCAGAUCCUUAUCUGGAAUUCCACAAACAGACUGGAGAUGGAAACUGGGUGAUGGUUCACAGAACAGAGGUUAUUAAAAACAACCUGAAUCCUGUUUGGAAGCCCUUUAAAAUCUCUCUCAAUUCUCUGUGCUACAGUGACAUGGAUAAGUCAAUCAAGGUUGAGUGCUAUGACUAUGAUAGUGAUGGGUCUCAUGAUCUCAUAGGAAGUUUUCAAACAACAAUGUCAAAACUGAAGGAAGCAUCUCGGUCGUCACCUGUUGAAUUUGAGUGCAUCAAUGAAAAGAAAAGACAGAAGAAAAAGAACUAUAAAAACUCUGGCAUUGUGAGCGUUAAGCAUUGUGAGAUCAUUGUAGAAUGCACAUUCCUUGAUUACAUCAUGGGUGGGUGUCAGCUGAAUUUCACUGUGGGGAUAGACUUUACAGGCUCCAAUGGAGACCCUCGCUCUCCGGACUCUCUGCAUUACCUCAGCCCUAAUGGAGUUAAUGAAUACCUAACAGCCAUUUGGUCUGUCGGGAUGGUCAUUCAGGAUUAUGAUACAGAUAAGAUGUUUCCAGCCUUUGGAUUUGGUGCACAAAUUCCUCCUUCCUUUCAGGUAUCUCAUGAGUUCCCAAUAAAUUUUAACCCUUCAAACCCAUUCUGUAAUGGGAUCCAAGGCAUUGUUGAUGCAUAUCGAGCCUGUCUUCCUCAAGUGAAGUUAUAUGGGCCAACAAAUUUUUCUCCAAUUAUAAAUCAUGUGGCAAGAUUUGCUGCUGCAGCUACUCAGCAGCAAACAGCAUCUCAAUACUUUAUACUUCUGAUCAUAACGGAUGGUGUGAUAACAGACCUUGAUCAAACUCGAACUGCCAUAGUUAAUGCUUCAAAGUUGCCCAUGUCCAUUAUCAUUGUUGGUGUGGGAGGAGCAGACUUUGAUGCCAUGGAGUUUCUUGAUGGUGACGAUGGAGUUCUUAGGUCCUCGUCAGGAGAACCAGCUGUCAGAGACAUUGUUCAAUUUGUGCCAUUCAGGAAGUUCCAAAACUCUCCCAAAGAAGCUCUGGCUCAGUGUGUCCUUGCAGAAGUCCCUCAGCAAGUGGUGAACUACUUCAGCACCUACAAACUUCAGCCUCCUAAGAAUCCUGCUGCAAAAUGAUGGGCUGAGCAGAAGAAAGAAUUUGUGCUUGCUUUACUUGCUGUAUCUAUAGACUUUGGUUCUCGAUAUACUUCUGUAUAUGUGUACACAUGCCUCUGUAUCAUAAUGUCUGUUAGCUUUUGCCUACGAAUCACUUUGCCAAGUGUGCCUUUUAAGGGCCAAAAUUGUAAUGGUGUUUAGGUUUGAUGUUGAUUUGAGAAAUCGUGCUUACAUGGAUGUGUUUGAUUUUUAAAAGAGUGGAAAAGAGAGUUUCUAUUAAGCCAACAUAACAAAAUUUUGAUACAGGUGUUUCAUAUGCAGAUAAAUGCCGCAGAGUGUGAAGGCCCUCCUUGCACAGCUGCUUCUUGUUUGCCACUUCAGUGCCUUUGGGCAAUGCCUGGGAUUCAGGGCUGUGUAAACAAAAGCCAAAGAAGUCAUUAAAGUAUAUAUUCUUUUAUAGUAUGCCUUCUCUUAAGGUAGUAUGGGAAUUACUAGGGUGAAUCAAGGUAAACCUCUGACAUCUCAGAAUAGUGCUACUCGCCUAUGAGGCCAGUAAAGGCUAUAAGAUGUGUUCCAAUGUGCAGUGUAGUGGAAAAUGGAAAUUCCAGAUUUGUUUUGGUAGGGGUUUUGUUUUGGGGUUCCAUCCCCCCCCCCAAUAAAACAGUCAUGACUAUUGAUCUUUAAAGGGCUUUAUGUGAAGUAGGAAUUUGGUUUUUAGUUUAAAAGUUUUCUCUGAUUUAGAACUGCAUAUUUUGAGGUAAAGUAAGUUCUUCAAAUUUCUACUUGUAUUUACUUUUGUCAUACUUUGAAUCAUGCUGCUUUUCCAGGAGCCCACUAAUGAAAAGUGCCUGCAAAACAAGCUAUAUUUCCUCCCUAUAUUCUCUCCCUUUAGGAAGACAUAAGAAAGUCAAGUCUCUCAAGACCUAAUCCUAUAAUCAUACUGCAUUUCUUUGGAGCAAAAAAUUUCUGAUUUAUCUACUUGGGUUGAGUUUUCCCUUCACCUUUUAUACCAAGUGUAAAUCAUGUUUGCAUGGUGGACAAAUGAAGGUUUCUUGACCCCCAGCUGCAUACUGCUUGCUGAGGAUCUCUUCCGAUCCUGUCACUGUGUGUAACUUAAGUGGAUGGAAAGGUCACAUUUAUCACUUCUGAAAUGCCAAUCUUGAACAUUAAUUUUGCUGUUUCACCUUUGAAGUGGUUUAGAGUUAGACAUCCAACUUAUUUCAUGUGGGUGAUCUGGCUGUAGUAUGUAAGAACAGAAUGGGCUAAUGCUAAAUUUAGCACACUUGGACACUCAAGAUUUCACCAGGUCAUAGUGUGUUUGACUUUCAGUUACUGGAGCUGCUUAGUGUGCCUUUGGCUGGUGGGGUUUUUUAUGUUGUUUUUGGUUUUUUUUUGGUUUUUUUUUUUUGUUUUUUUUUGUUGUUGUUGUUUUUUUUUUUUUUUUUGGGGGGGUGUUUUUUUUGUUUUUAAUUUUACAUGUGUAAUCCUGUUGAAAGUCUGAAUUCACAUUAAUAUUGAUGGAUGAAGGAUGUAUCUAUUGAGAUUAUCUUACACAAGACAUACCAAAUGCUUUGUAGACAGUUGACAGUUAUCAAUCAAUCAUAAAUGGAUAUAUUAUCUCCACUCCAUUUUUCUCAGUGGAAGGGGAUCCUAAAUACUAUCAAGUAGUGGAAUGUUAAGGAAGACAGUUUGUUUCAUGUUAAGCCAAGCUCUUUGGUUUUUUUUUAAAUGUAAUUCAUAUAUUUAUGUAAAAAAAAAAUUCUGUAAUCAUCUUUUUAUCAGUGUAGUGAAAAUCUGUUACUACUUUAUGUAUAAAUUACAAUGAAGUGUCAUAUCAGAUAUGCAACUCAAAAUACUGAAUCAAAGAAGCUACUAUAAUAAACCUAAAUAACACUGCUUCAAAUUGAGAGUGUAUGACUUUGGAAGAGUAAGCUGUUUCACAGCUACCUGCUUCAUAUACAGAGAGAACUGGAUGCAGUAUUAAUGCUUGGUCUGCAUUAAUUGUAGUGGAUGAGUGCUACUGAUAGGAGUACAGGUUACUACUGAAGUUCCUCUGAGCUGUCUGCCAAAAAUACAAUGCUGCGCCUGAGUUAUGUGUUACCAAUUCUAAGUUGCCAUAGAAGUGCAUUUAAAUAUGUUAGUAUGUAUUAUUAUACUAAGUAUCUACUGCAUGUAAAAAAAAAACGUUGUUUUGUCUGUAUUCUAUACAUAAAUUCUGAGUUCCUACAGUAGAGGCUUUAUUAUCUCUUAUUGAAGAUUUGCUCCCAUGUUCCUCAAGCUUAGGGAGUUAAAUAACAUAUCAACGACACCCAAUUCUCAAUGUGCCCUAUUCUUUGUAAAAGAAAUGUUUCAGACAGGACCAUGGCAAGAACUGUAUAACUUAGAGGUAUACAGCUGAUGACUGUUGAAAACUUCCAAGGUAGGCUGAAGUGAUAUUCUGAGUGAAGAAAUGCAGCAGAUUGUGAGUCAAGGGAAAGGGGAGUUACUGUGCUGUUUUGCCAUUUUUUGUUUAUUUUUACAUGUAAAAAAAUGCCCUAAUAGUCUGCAAGUGACAAAGCAAAAUAUUGUCCAAGUUUUGUAAAGUGAAUAUGCUCGUAGGUCACUGGCACCACCUUGUGAUAAAAGUCAUGUAUGGCAGUCUUUGUCAUCAGAUGCUUUUUGAUGUGUAUUGGUCAUAAUAUAUACAUAUGUACAGCAGAGAGCUCACCUGUAACCAGAAUUUUUUACUUUUAUAUGUAUUUCAGUUCAGAUGAAGUUAACUGAUUUACAAUACCUGUGCAUUAAAAUGAUCAUUUCAGUA